AUGCCGCAGAAGCUGGGACGCUACGACACAGAGUACACGAUGAUGCUAACGCUGAUGUGUGGUGGUUGGGUGGAAAGAUGUGCACACGGUACAAGGGUAGCAAAAUGGAUCCGACAUUACUCUGUAUCAUACAACGAAACCGUGAAAAAGUUGAACAGUUUGCAUAAAUCAUCCUUCAACUACUUGGCAAACGUCCGUAACAUGAAGCACUAUAUGAAGCGGAUUGGACACAAUAUAUCCGACCUUUCUAAACUGAACAUUCUGCACGUCACUGGUACGAAGGGUAAAGGCUCAACAUGCACGUUUUGCGAAAGUAUUCUUCGUCACCAUGGCUACAAGACAGGUGUCUUUAGCUCUCCCCACCUGGUGAGCAUUACCGAGAGGUUCCUGUGCGGCGGGAAGCCGGUCGAGAAGGACGUCUUCAGAGACCACUUCUGGGACAUCUACACCAAACUUUCGACCACAAGGGAAUUGGAAGACGAUAUGCCCCAUAUAUUUCCCUUUCUGACUCUGCUGGCUUUCGACCUUUUUCUUGCACAAGGAGUUGAUGCUCUGAUUCUUGAAGUGGGAAUAGGAGGCCAGUACGACUGCACGAACAUUGUUGAAACACCGACUGUGUGUGGCGUUACCUCGCUGCAUGUGGAUCAUAUAAGUCAGCUGGGAAACACUAUAGAAUCAGUGGCCUGGCACAAAGGAGGGAUCUUUAAACCUGGCAGGCCAGCAGUGACAGUCCCUCAAGACCCACCUGCCAUGAACGUCCUGGAAGACAGAGCUGAGGAAAUAGGGAUGACGUUAUAUGAAGCCCCGCCACUGUCUUCCUAUGACAAUGGACCUGAGCCAAUCAGAUUGGGUAUUCCAGGUCACGUGCAGGAUGUCAAUGCGUCCCUUGCAAUACAGAUGUGUACAAUAUGGCUGGAGUCUCGUAAAAAUAGGCUCGGAACAACAUCAGCUACAGAAUCCGUCUCCUCGACCAUCAUUGAAGGCAGCAACAGAGCGAAGAAGACCAAGGGAUUCAGACUGACUGCCAACAUGAAGAAUGAUAAGCAUAUAGCACUUUAUCAUUGUAAUAUGUACAUUCCAUCAUUGUAAUAUAUACUCAACAACAAAAGUUCCCGUGACACCAAUAUUUGAGGUGAG